GUUUACGAUUUCACGGACUAAUAAUAACAAUAUUUACGAUUGUAUUCUCGUAAAUUUUAUAACAUAGCUAUAAGAAGUUGUAAAAAUUCAUUUUCUAUAACAUAAGUUCAAAACACUAGAAGCAUUAAGCGUUAUAUUCUUGUAAACUUCAUAAAAAUACGACUUCAAAAUCGUCCAAUUUCCGAAAUGGGAUCCGUUUUUGAUUACCCGAUUUAAAUAAGUUGGCUUCAUGGAAAUGGAAGAAACGCCAUUAAACCAUCAAGCAUACAUACAAAAUCAAACGCAAAAUAUUAAAGAGGAAAUUAAAGAUAAAGGGCGUUUGAGGCCAGAGUUUGAUCAGCAAUGGAAAAGAAACUUCGGAGUAGAAACUGAAGUAGUAUAUGUGAAAGUGGACCCUAUGGCUGUAAAUGUGGAGAGCGGGGGCUCAAACCAGCAAGUCCAAUGUGAAAUGCCGUUGGAACCAAGCAUGUUUCAGCGAGUGGAUGCUCCUACUUUGUCACAACUGGAUAUUAGUCAGAUUUUAAACAAUUCUGACUGCGAAGAUGACUGCUCUGUUGACGCUGAAAAGUUUCGUGAGCAUGAAACUGAUGGUUCAAGUGAGGAUUGCCAGUCUGAAGAAGACCAAGAUGGUGAAGGAAUGGAAGAACGGAACCAUCUUUGGAUGGGACAUACUUACAUGGACAAUAUAAAUCAUUUAGGGUACAAAGCAAGUGAACCUAGGUCUCAAACUUCAAGAACCUGGCAUAGAACAAAAUUCACUCCAACUAAACCUAACCUGCACCAACCAGCAUAUCUUCCAAAUAUAUGUUCCAGUUCAAAGGAUGCUGUAGAAUAUUUCAACGAAUACUUUGAUGAUACACUGUUCGAUACAAUAGUUAAGAAAACGAAUGAAACGGCCAUGCUAAAACAAGCUAAACCACUGAACUUCACAAAAGUCGAGUGUAAAACAUUCUUUGGUAUAUUAAUAACAAUGUCUUGCAUAAAUUAUCCUAAAAUAAGGAUGUAUUGGAACCGAAAAUGGGCUAUAGAUAUCAUAGCAAAAGCUAUGGCGCGAAAUCGCUUCUCAACAUUGAGACAAUCUUUAAAAUUAGUAUUUGAUAACGAUGUUACUGAGGAGAUGAGGGCUGCAGAUCAUUUGUGGAAGGUACGUCCGAUAAUAAACAGAGUUCUAGAAGGAUGUCACAGACAGGAGAGACAACAGAAUAUCGCCAUUGAUGAAAUGAUAAUUCCUUUAAAAGGAACCUCUCCGAUCAAGCAGUACUGCCCGAAUAAACCAAACCCUACCGGCAUCAAAAUUGUAGUCUUAGUAAAUCCAAACGGUAUGAUAUGCGACUUUGUAACAUACCAAGGCGAAAGCAACUUGGCUGAAGAAAUAGUACUGUUUUUGACAAGAACUCUUGUGCCGGGACAUGUUCUUUAUUUUAAUCGGUAUUUCACAACCGUUGAAUUGGCUAAAGAACUAAACCAAAAUGGCUUCAAAUGCGUCGGAGCUAUCAAGAAAAGUCGUCUGCCAAAAGAAGUGAAAUCGGAGCUGAUCAGUGACAAAACUUUAGCGACAAAACAGGGAAGCCACGAUGUUCUAGUGAGUUCAGAUGGUGAGAUGGCAAUAACUAAGUGGCAUGAUACUAAGUCGUCAUUAUAUUUAUCGACGAUAUACGCGGCCGAAAGCAUUGGUAUACGUAAACGUUAUGACAGGAAGAAACGCCGAACUGUACCGAUACCGAGACCAGAAGUGGCCAGGGAAUACAGGUCUAACAUGAGCGGUGUGAAUCUCACCGAACGACUACUAGCUUCAUGUUACUCGAAGACAAGAAUGAACAAGUGGACCUUACGGUUCAUCCACCAUUUCAUUGACUUAGCUGUCUCUAAUUCAUGGAUAAAGUAUAAGAAAGAAAUGCAAACGCUACAAGUUUCAGGACACAAAAUAUACCAAUUGUGGGAAUUUAAGAGGCUCAUAGGCGAGCAGUUGAUAGAAUCCAGUUUAGAUUCUGAUGGGGAGGGUGAAGAAAGUUACGUUGCCAAUAAAAGAGUGUGGCGCCCUCUGGCACCGUUGCCAUCUAAAGUGAAAAGGACUCAAGGAAACGCACAUAUGCCAGAAGUGGGAACAGUGCAACGUUGUAGAAAUAGGGGUUGUGAAAUGAAAACCACUAUCAGUUGUGUGACAUGUAACAUGCAUCUCUGUCUCACUCGUAAGAGGAACUGUUUUAAACAAUUUCAUACAGACGGGAGCUGCUAAAUGAUCUCAUUAACUAAGGUCAAUAAAUAAAGUGUAAGUGUGGCUGCGGGGUCGAUUUUUUAUUUCGAAUUAUUAAUAAGUUUUGUUUUUAUUUCAAAGAGAAGAUUAUUUUAAUACCAAUUAGUGUUUCAGUAAAAGUUGAUAAACCUGCUGCUAUAUGUGUUACAAUUUUGUAAUAAAUGGUGUGAGUUGGUAA